GUACACACAUAUAUUAUUUAGCUCUUUACAUGUUUUGUGGUUAUUUAUGAGUGUGCCGACUAUCAAUCAUACGAGGAUUGGGAGGACAUAAUUUUCCAGUAGAUGAAACAGACCGAGUUAUCAAAUAUCUGAAUAUUUGAGCAAAAGCUCUAUUAAAAAUUACACAAUAUUCUACAUAUAUCUACGUGCACGCGUACCUACAUAAGUAUACAUUUUCUCCAUUUUUAUAAUAUUGUACAACAAUUAAUCUGGAAAUAUGUGGCUAAUCGGAGUAAUUUGCACGUUUGUGCACCUCAUCGCCACCCUGAUUUCCCCAAUUUCAUCAAGUUACGCUAUGUAUGUUUGGCGCAAUGGGUGGGACCCUUCCAUUUCUGGCUGUGCCAACAAUCUGACCGCAUUCUACGCCUGGGACGAUACUCCAUCCUCCCCUUGCUUCACACAUACUUGGUCCACUCAAGAAAAACGGGACUGGCUCUGGUCCACUUGUAACCGGCCAGGGAGAGAAAUUUCGCAAAUAUUCUUCUACGACACGGUCACCGCUCUGUCCACUCGAGACUGUUCCUCAACCGGAGUACAAUGGGUGAAAUCAACCAUGGCUGAAGGUCACAGGAAGGUACAAGGGUUGAAAAUUUACGCCUUAUUCUCUGACGGGGGAGAAUCAGUCCCGGAACAGAGCCACGUUCCCCACAUCGUCUGGUACAAUACGGAAUGCGCCAACGCCGCCCUCGGAGAACAAAUUGAUGGCGUCGCGGUCAACAAUGAAAACUGGGAUGUAACCUGGGAUUCGGUCAGGAUGGCGAGAUAUCUCGACAAUUUGAACCGAAUCGUGAUCAAUGCUCAUACCCAGGAGCCGGUGGGGUCGUUAAAGACCCAUUUCUCGGUGGGAUGGAGGUGGGGAAAGUCGGGAAAUGGGGGGGACAUCGUGAUUACGUGGGGUGGAAAGAGUCAACCAGUCAUGAGACAUUUUAUCGAUAUUUUCGACAGCAUUGAUGUCCAGGUAGCGUUUGUGACGUCGGACGCAAUGGAGGACAGGUUACGAGGAGCUGAAUGGGAUUAUGCUGUUCAACAAGGGAAAUCCUUACUGACUACGGCAUAUAUAAAUAAGGCUCUCCCCUGUCAGACGACCUACUUUCCCUUUCCCAUCAAUGACCUGGACUGUCCAGCGUGGGCUUAUGAUUACAAAACCGAAUCAAUGAUGUUUCAAGAAUUGGACGCUUUUCAGAGUAGAAUACCAUCUCGAGUGGUUUUGCACCAUUUUAGGGGAGCAUAUUCGUCCGGUGGGAUUCCAGAUUGGCCAAAACAUUGAAUUAUAUUCAUUACAUUACCAAUUUAUGUAUAAAAAUAAGAAGCUGCGUUGAAUUAAAUAUCGUUGCUAAAAAAAUAA